AUGUACAAUAUUAUCAUUAGGGUGGAUGCUUUGCUAUUUUGUCAAAACUUAAAAGUGGUGAACCGCAAUGAUGUCACCAAAAACUUCAUACUUGCUAAAAUGAUUUAUCCAUCUCGAAAACAUGCAGCCAAGGUAUUCGAAAGACUUUUGAAAAUAGAUCACAAAAUCAGACCUGUGAUUUACUUAGAAAGUAAUCGAACGUGUUGUAGAGAUGAUACUGAUCGAGAAUUGUCUUUUCAUCAAGAAGCCAACUUUAUGUAUCUGACAGGUGCUAAAGAUCUUAGAGGUGGAUCAGUAGUAAUCAAUUUAUUACCAGAAUUCGAUCAUCAAACAGAAGAGAAAGUAAAACCAGAAAAUAUCUUCACAACUCUCUUUAUACCGAAUCUAGACCCAGAUGAAGUGAUGUGGUGUGGUUUACCGCCCAAACCAGAAGACCUUUUAAAAUUGUUACCGAACCUAAACGAAGUUAAAUAUCAAGAUCAAUUAUCUUCACAUUUAAAUCAACUUAUCAAACCUCAUUCAAUUUUAGUUUUACCGAAUUCUAAAUCAGAUGUAAAAGGGUUUGAGUUAAAUCCUUCUGCAAACCUUUUAAAAGCUUUACAUCAAUCUCGUACAAUUAAAACAGAAGAAGAAAUUCAAAUUAUGAAAUUAGCUAAUCAAAUCUCUAGUCAAGCUCAUGAAACUGUAAUGAAAUCUUCAAGCAAAGAGAAAUUCAAGUCUGAAACUGAUGCGGAAUUGAUCUUUGUAAAUGAAUGUAAAAGAUUAGGUUCAAAUCAUCAAGCUUAUUUACCUAUCUUUGGUCAUGGAAUCAAUGCAGGUACUUUACAUUACGUCAAUAAUGAUGAAAAGAUUUCAGAAUCUUUCGAUGGCUUACUCUUGAUGGAUGCAGGAUGUGAAAUGAUGGGAUAUGCAUCAGAUAUCACUCGUACAAUUCCUUUAAGUUCAAAUGGAAAGUUCAAUAAUCAAUGUAAAGAGAUUUAUGAGAUCGUAUUAGAAAUGCAAGAAAAAGCUAUUGAAAUUAUUGCUCCGGGUGUAGAUUGGAAUGAGAUUCAAAUCUUAAUGCAUAAGAUUGCAGCUAAAGGCUUACUCAAACUGGGAAUCCUACAAAACUUGACCAUAGAUGAAUGUUAUGAGGGUGGACAUGUGAUUCCUUUCUUUCCUCAUGGUAUCGGUCAUUUCUUAGGUCUUGAUACUCAUGAUGUCGAUGGAUUACCUAAUGGUAAAAGUACUCUUAAUCCUGCUUUCAAAUAUUUGCGUCUUCAAAGGACAUUAGAAGUUGGAAAUGUAGUCACUGUUGAGCCAGGAAUAUAUUUUAAUAAAUUCUUAUUAGAACCGUUUAAAGAGUCAAAAUUUAUUAAUCAUGAACUUUUGAAAAAGUAUAUGAAUGUAGGAGGUAUCAGAAUUGAAGAUAAUGUUGUGGUAAGGGAAAAAGGAUGUGAGAAUUUGACUACUGCUGUUAAAUCUGUUGAAGAUAUUGAAAGAUUAUGUGGAGGAAGAUCUUAA